UUAUCCUUACACUUCCAUGGUGAGAAGUUAGGUUCAGGUUGAAGUAGAGCUUCGAACUUUGAAGAUCGGCUGACUGUCUUCUUCCGGCCACGUUAAGACGGAUCGUUUCAUACAUAUUAGUAAGGUUUGCCGAGUUCGAUCGAGGACUGCGGGCUGGGUAUUUGCCGGGUAUUAUACGAGUUUAAAUGCGAAUUUGAUAGGCCGCUAAAUCACCGCGCAACAUGGACUACUGGAUGACGUGGUUCCUGCUCGGUGCGCUUCUAGGUGCCGUAUUCGACGCGAGUAGCGUAGAACUAACCUUCGAGCUGCCGGAUAAUGCCAAAGAGUGCUUUUACCAGGACAUUGAGAAGAACGUAUCGUCGACCCUCGAGUUCCAGGUCGUGACCGGUGGCCAGUACGAUGUUGACGUCACACUGGAGGCGCCGAACAAGGAGAUAAUAUAUCGUCAGGUGAAGACGCAGUUUGAUUCGCACACGUUUACACCGACGAUAUCCGGGGUCUAUAAAGCCUGCUUCAGCAACGAGUUUUCGACCUUUUCGCACAAGCUUGUGUACAUGGACUUUCAGGUCGGAGAUGAACUCCCUCUGCCUGGUCUUGGCGAGCAUGUCACGGUUAUGACUCAGAUGGAGUCGUCUGCGCAGGAGGUGCACCAAAAUCUGAACAGUAUUUUGGACUACCAGACACAUCACAGACUGCGAGAAGCGCAGGGUCGAAAACGGGCCGAAGAUCUUAACGAGCGAGUGAUGUGGUGGUCGGUUAUGGAGACCUUAGCAAUUCUGAUUACAACAAUAGGACAGGUCUUUGUCCUGAGAGACUUUUUCACCGAACGAAAUCCUUACCCAAAGUCAUAGUAAGCUCAACUAUUGAUCCAUUCUCAAUUAAAACAGCUGACGAUAUAUUUGUAAUUGACGAUAUAUUUUAGACGCUUAAUUAAAAGGCAAGAAUAAAAAUGCGUCAAGAACUAUAUCUUGCCCCCAAAAUUAAGCACUAAAAUUACGUCAAUUUGGAGUUGAAUUUCUCUUGGUGCAACAUCUUGAUGUACAAGAUACACUUGUUUGUAUCAAGUGUGUGUCGGAUGAAUAUUUACAUGUUGCAUGCAACAAACGGUGACGCGUUUAGUUAUCACCUUGCAAAUGCAACGUUACAGUGUAUAUUUAUUUGGGGAUAUAUUUAUAGGAAUUUAGGUAAGUUACAUUUUAAUAUAGGCCUACUGUUAACCUCCUAUCAUAGGAGUGCGAGUAAACAGAAACGUUUCAGUGUGAAAUGGCUAUGUGAAAGUUCAAACGUAAGAAUCGCCGGCAUACAAAGUAACGUUUUUGAUAUUGUAUGUGUGUAAUAUACUUAUUCAUUAAAUUUUUUCCGUGGAUUAUUACAUCUAAUCGUUGAUUUUCUCAUACAAUGAUAUCAAUAACAAAGCGGCUAACGUAUUCUUAACACAGUUAUUUUACAAUCCAAAUACUAACGAAAUAACAUCCGUAACUCAAUAUCGUACAAAAUAUGCCUCCUAUUUAAAAAAAAACCAAGAGUCAUCUGAAAAACGUAUGGGUAAUUCGUACAAACUCUAGUAGAUCGUAAGCUCAGUAUGGUUUACGAUUUUCUAUCAUCACAUUAUCAUCUUGCAAAUUUUAAAGACUUGUAAACUUUUUGUACACAAAUCACUAUGUAUGUACACGAGGUAAAAUGAGUUAAUACAUCCAUCAAGUAUGAAAUAA